AAUAAUUUGACCAACUUUAUUUACAUAUUUCUUAGGUUUUUAAACUAGCUGUAAUAAUGGAGGGCAGUUGGUGGAAUAGCUCUAAGACUCUCAUGCAAAUACUUGUCCUUAUAUUUGGAGCUGGUGCAUGGAUAGCAGUCAAUGGAGUUUGGGUUGAAUUACCCGCAAUUGUAGCUUUAGCUCCCGAACAAUGGCAGUUGCCGUCCUACUUAACCGUCAUCUCACAAAUUGGGAACUUAGGACCACUUAUAGUCACUUUAAUGCAGGCAAUGUGUUCAAAGUAUUUCAACCAGAAUGCGAUGAUAUACAGUAUUGUGUCCAUUGGUACUUUGUCAUGUUUGUUGCUCUGUUUCUUUUGGAACCACACGGCUGUUAUUGCAGGAAAAGAGUAUAGCGUGGCCUUGUUUGCUUUAUGGUAUGCUCUUGCGUUCGUGGAUUGCACUUCUUCAGUUACAUUCCUACCGUUCAUGAAUCGAUUCCAGAGCGUGUUUUUGACGACUUAUUUCAUCGGGGAGGGUUUAAGUGGAUUCAUGCCCAGUAUAUUCGCCCUUGCACAAGGAAUUGGGAACACACGGUGUUUAAACGUGUCCUCGUAUAAUGAAACUACUAACACAACAACCUAUCAUAUCCAAACUCAUUAUGAAAGCCCUAGAUUUUCUGAAUCUGUGUUCUUUGCUCUCCUAUGCAUUAUGAUGGCUUUAUGCGGGAUUGCAUUUUUCCUGCUGAACCACACCAAAGUUGCCACCCAUUUCCGCACACAAGAACAAACUUACAAGCAAGGGAGUAUAGUCGAUACUUCUGAAUAUCCAACUGCAUCACAAACCAUAAACGACACAUAUGACUCGUUAGAAAUGGUAGAUUCUGACUCGAGCGGUCGCAAUAAAUCAGAAUACCAACAGCAAACAUCAUUUAAAAAGGAAACCAAUGAACAAAAUUUUGACGCUUCUGAUGCAGCUUUAGUAGCAGAAGAACCCCCAACCCUUACAAAAUAUGACUACGUUUACUUUCUGGUCAUUAUUUUCAUUAUAAAUAGUUUAUCCAAUGGAGUUCUACCAUCUGUGUCUUCUUAUACUUCACUUCCUUAUGGGGAACUUGCUUACCAUUUAGCAGCAACUCUAGGAAACAUGGCCAACCCUGUGGCGUGUCUCAUUGCCAUGUUUUUCCCCAUGACUUCACGAUUACUUCUUGGGAUACUGGCAACAUGGGCUUGCGGGUUCGGAAGUUACUUGAUGGUCCUAGCAAAAGGAAGUCCGUGCCCUAUACUUAUCAAUGAACCAAGUGGGGCGGUCUUAAUGGUUUUGUCCCAAAUUCUAUUUGUUGGUCUUGUUUCUUACAUCAAAGUUUCAAUCGCGCAAGUGUUCAGACUUCGAGGCAGUCGUAAGUCAUUAGUGUGGUAUGGUGCAGCUAUACAAGCGGGGUCCAUGACUGGAGCAUUGCUAAUAUUUCCCUUUGUGAAUGUUCCUCACCUUAUGAGCUUUGUGUCUGGUGACCCAUGUCUCACUGUGUGUGCUUAACUUUAUUAGAGAUCUCUAAUAUUGUGCAAUGUUUAAUUUGCUCUUUUUUUUUUAUGAACUAGUCAAUUUACCAUUAAAUAAAAAUGAAUGGUAUUUUAAAGAUUUUUUUUUCCUACUAUACAAAAUUGUUUGUAGUGUGUUUUAUUUGUGUUAAAACUUAUAAUUGUUUUAUUAUAUACACAUCGUGAUUUUAAUUAGCAUGUACAUUGCGAAUGAGGCAAUUAUUGAAAUGCUAUUCCAGUUUAUUGUAUUUAGGUUUAUGCUGUUUACGCAUAGUGUAUUAAAAUUGUCUAAAAAAGAAUUUUUGGCAAUUGUUUUGUGAUCUUUUUUCAUAAGGAAUUAAAAAAAUAUUUUACAUUUAUUUUCCCUUACAAAACAAUUGCCAAAAAAUCUCUUUCAGAAAUAUUGUUUUAUUUUUUAAUAGAUGUGAUAAUUAUAAUUUAAAGGAAUCUUUUAUGUGUUAUUGCUUUAAGGCUGUGAAACAGAUUAUAGGAACAUACAAUACAAAAGCUCCUAUACCAG